AAGAUGGGCUUUGAACCUCUGGCCUACAAGGGCCUGGAAACGGGUUCCCGGGAGGUGGUCAGCCACGCGAUCAAGCAAGGCAAGAUCGUGUUUGUCUUCUCCUCCGCCCUCAACCCCUGGAACAAAGAGAUAGGCGACCACCUGGUAAAACACGGCGAUGGAGUGAAGGACAUCGCAUUUGAGGUGGAAGACUGUGACUACAUCGUGCAGAAAGCCCGGGAACGGGGCGCCAAAAUCGUGCGGGAGCCCUGGAUAGAGCAAGAUAAAUUCGGGAAGGUGAAAUUGGCUGUGCUGCAGACGUACGGGGACACGACACACACCCUGGUGGAAAAGAUGAACUAUACCGGCCGGUUCUUGCCUGGAUUCGAGGCCCCAGCAUUCGUGGACCCCCUACUUUCCAAGCUGCCCAGCUGCAGUCUGGAGAUUAUCGACCACAUUGUGGGAAACCAGCCUGAUCAGGAGAUGGAGUCUGCCUCAGACUGGUACCUGAAGAAUCUGCAGUUCCAUCGUUUCUGGUCUGUGGACGACACACAGGUGCACACAGAAUACAGCUCUCUGCGCUCAAUCGUGGUGGCCAAUUAUGAGGAGUCCAUCAAGAUGCCCAUUAAUGAGCCAGCACCGGGCAAGAAGAAGUCCCAGAUCCAGGAAUAUGUGGACUAUAAUGGGGGCCCUGGGGUCCAGCACAUUGCUCUCAAGACCCAAGACAUCAUCACAGCGAUUCGCCACUUGAGAGAGAGAGGCAUGGAGUUCUUGGGUGUUCCAUCAACAUACUACAGACAACUGCGGGAGAAGCUCAAGUCUGCCAAGAUCCGAGUGAAGGAGAACAUUGAUGUCCUGGAGGAGCUGAAAAUCCUGGUAGACUACGAUGAGAAAGGCUACCUCUUGCAGAUCUUCACCAAGCCCGUGCAGGAUCGUCCCACGCUCUUCCUGGAAGUCAUCCAGCGCCACAACCACCAGGGUUUUGGAGCCGGCAACUUCAACUCACUGUUCAAGGCUUUCGAAGAGGAGCAGAACCUGCGGGGCAACCUUACCGACUUAGAAAACAACGGGAUAGUGCCGGGCAUGUAG